UUAGGAUCGGUUUGUGUGCGUACAGUGGGUACAAAAUUUACCCUGGACAUGGGAAGACCAUGGUCAAAGCUGAUGGGAAGACCUUUACAUUUUUAAACUCAAAAUGUGAAGCUUCCCAUUUAAUGAGGAGAAAUCCUCGUAAAGUUACUUGGACCGUUUUAUACAGACGGAAGCAUAAGAAAGGUCAGGAGGAAGAACAGAGUAAGAAAAGAACUAGAAGGACCCAGAAGUUUCAGAGGGCUAUUGUUGGUGCAUCCCUUUCAGAUAUCAUGGCCAAAAGAAACAUGAAACCUGAAGUUAGGAAAGCACAGAGAGAACAGGCAAUUAGGGCUGCCAAGGAGCAGAAGAAGGCGACCAAGGCUGCCAAAAAACCUGAAAAAGCAGCUCCCAAGGUUAAACAGCCUUCAAAACAGAAGGCCACCAAGGUUCAACAGAAAUCUGCUCCAAGAGUUGGAGGAAAGCGAUAA